AUGGUCGAGUCAGUGGCGUCGAGCGUUCUUCAGACGUACGUAGAAAAAUGUUCAUUUGGUCACAUGAUUGUCAAUUUCAAUCAAAUCUGGGUACUUCAUAUCAGUGUAUACUGGUACUUUACUGCCUACAACGCAUUCCCACCACCGCGAUGCAGUGGUCUGCUGUUGCUCUUGGCGCAUGUCUUGACUACAAUACUCUUCUGGAUUGUACCAUCUGAUCCGAUGUUUGGAGAUUGGGUGUCUGGCAAGGCCCACAAGUAUCUUGCCAAUCAAACCUUUACAGCUGCCUAUCCCAAUUUUGAGUUUGCAGAACGUUCAGCUUUGAUCUCACUUUGGUUACUCGUCUUCCUUUGUAAAUUUUUUUAUUCUUCUUGGAUACAUUUUCAUGGACUUUUGAUCUGGACACCUUGGUCAGAUACCUUCACAUGUUUGCCCAAAAAAAUCUAUGCAAAAGUUCUUGCUACCUCUGAAAUGCAGGCAAGGCUCAAGCCCAAGGUCUUGGUAUCUCAGAUUUGGAAUGCAUUCAUCAUUUCAAUCCAUCACAAGCAUUUACUGAGCAUUGCCCACGUCCAACUUCUUCUUUAUGUCAAAGGACUAAAGGCCAAAUUCUUUCCUCCUGGAACCAAGGCCAAAAGACAAACUCCAUUCUCUGCCCAAUCUUGGUAUGUCUAUCUUUUCUUUGUUGCUCUGAUCACAUUCAACUGGUCUAAUGCAAUUCUCCAUAUCAUAGAUCUAUACCAAAAUGCUCGAGUCACCUUUUUGGAGUAUUCGAAGCAACUUCACCCAGUUGAGUGGGGCAACUUUGUACAGGAUACAAAAAUCUUGGCUGAGGAGCCUAAUAGCGUCAACUGGAGCAAAUGGCCAGGCAAAAGUUUUGAUCAGUGGUCUCAAUGCAACAAUACUCCAAAUCUGCCAAGGAGGAAGGAGGAAGUCAAAAACACACAGUUUUUACUGAAAGCUUACGCUGAUCUUAACAUUGUGUACCUAGACAAAGACAAACAACGUAAAGAAGGAGGAGAUAUUCAAAUCUACUCUGCACUCAUUGACAGCAAGUUGCCUGGUGAUCCAAUUUUGGGUGAUGGGAAAUCUGAUAAGCAAAACCAUACCAUCAUCUUCCAUUAUGGAGAAUAUGUUCAGUCAAUCAAUGCCAAUCAGGAUAAUUAUCUUGAAGAAUGUCUCAAGAUUUGUAACAUGCUGGGAGAAUUUGAAGAUUUCCAUGUUUCCAACCAAUCACCAUACUCAUUGACUGGUGCAAAAGAAUUCAUCAAGUUUCCUGUUGCAAUUGUCAAAGCAAGAGAAUACAUCUUCUCACAAAACAUUGGUGUCCUUGGCAAUGUUGCCGCUGGAAAAGCACAAAUGUUUGGUACACUUGCUGUUGGAUCAUGUUCAUUCAUUGAGGAAAGAGGAGUUUUGGAGGCUCAAAAAGUUUUACAUCUUUCUGAAGAUAUUUACAAAGAUAUGAAUACAUUUGGUAGAGGGGGUAGAAUUGAACACACAUAA